CCUUACGCUUGCGUGUAGUCGUGAUUCCAGUCUCGCGUGAUGAGACUUGUGGCGUCGAGAUUUUCUACACUAUGGCAAGCCCUGGUAAGGAAAACAGUCGGAUGAAGAGCUUUAAGAACAAGGCUCUGAACCCAGAAGAGAUGCGCCGGCGUCGUGAGGAAGAAGGCAUCCAACUUCGCAAACAGAAGAGGGAGCAACAGCUCUUUAAACGCCGGAAUGUGGAGUUGGCACCAGAAGAUUCCUCCAUGUUUGAUGGACCACUGAUGGAUUCUUAUGUCAGCUCCACCACACCUGGGGAUGGAGUUAUUACCCGUGAGAUGGUAGCAUUACUUCUCUCUGAUGACCCUGACCUACAGUUAGCUACCACACAGAAAUUCAGAAAGCUUUUAUCAAAAGAGCCUAAUCCACCGAUAGAUGAGGUCAUAAAUGCCCCAGGGGUAGUUGAGCGAUUUGUAGAAUUUCUGAAGAAGAGUGACAACUAUACACUACAGUUUGAAGCUGCCUGGGCCCUUACAAAUAUAGCUUCUGGAACCUCACAACAAACCAAGAUCGUAAUAGAAGCAGGAGCCGUUCCAAUCUUCAUUCAGUUGUUGAACUCUGACUAUGAAGAUGUGCAAGAACAGGCUGUUUGGGCUUUGGGCAACAUUGCAGGUGACAGUUCAGUGUGCAGAGACUAUGUUUUAAGCUGUGACAUCCUUCCUCCUCUACUCAACCUCCUUACCAAAUCAACCCGCCUCACCAUGACCCGAAAUGCAGUCUGGGCCUUGUCUAACCUUUGUCGAGGAAAGAACCCACCUCCAGACUUUGAUAAGGUGUCUCAGUGUCUUCCUGUGCUGUCACGCCUUCUAUUCAGCAGUGAUUCAGACCUGUUAGCCGACGCCUGCUGGGCUCUUUCUUAUCUCUCCGAUGGUCCUAAUGAGAAGAUCCAGGCAGUCAUAGACUCAGGAGUCUGCCGCAGGCUGGUGGAGCUCCUAAUGCACAAUGAUUACAAGGUAGCUUCUCCAGCACUCAGGGCCGUAGGAAAUAUUGUCACUGGAGAUGAUAUCCAGACACAGGUCAUCUUAAAUUGUUCAGCUCUUCCCUGCCUCCUUCAUCUUUUGAGUAGCCCAAAAGAGUCCAUUCGGAAGGAGGCCUGCUGGACGAUUUCAAAUAUUACUGCUGGCAACAGAGGCCAAAUACAGGCUGUUGCUGAUGCAAACAUUUUUCCAGUUUUGAUUGAGAUUUUGCAAAAAGCUGAAUUUCGAACUCGAAAAGAGGCUGCUUGGGCAAUCACUAAUGCAACAUCAGGAGGCACACCAGAGCAAAUUAGGUACCUGGUGAACCUUGGCUGCAUUAAACCUUUGUGUGACCUUCUCACAGUCAUGGACUCAAAGAUUGUUCAGGUUGCACUAAAUGGACUGGAAAAUAUACUGCGGCUUGGUGAGCAAGAAGCUAAGCAAGGAGGCAAUGGUAUCAACCCAUAUUGUGGACUAAUUGAAGAGGCAUACGGUCUUGAUAAGAUAGAGUUCCUGCAGAGCCACGAGAACCAGGAAAUCUACCAAAAAGCAUUUGAGUUGAUAGAACAUUACUUUGGAGUGGAGGAAGAUGACCCUCAACUGGUCCCUUCUGUUGAUGAAUCUCAGCAGCAAUAUAUCUUUCAGCAGACAGAAGCACCUAUGGAAGGAUUCCAGCUGUGAACAAGGAUCUGUUGGACAAGUUAAGCCCUUGCCUCUAUAUUCUUCCUGCAAACAGGAGAGGGAGGUCAGGAAAAUUCAUCAGGACAAAUUCUUUCCUUCACCUCUUACACUCUUGCUUCAUUCAUGCGGAGAAAGCUGUGAUUCUGUUGGGCAUUUGAGCAUCUGCAUAUGAACUUCAGAGUCAACCAACUCUUUUUUUGCAAGGUCUGUGUAUAAAAUUCACACUGACCCAAUGCUGAAACUUUUAUGCUUUGAAAGUCUUUAUUUUUUUGAGUUUCUUUUCUUUUUGUUUCUGUUUGAAAAAGAAACUGAUUGGAAUCAAACGCACCAGAAAUGAAUGCGUUUAGCAUGUUGCCCUUAAUUUGGGGUGAGAUGCAGAAGGAAUUGUUCUCUUGUUAUUCUUUUGUUGAUGGGAAAAAAAAGAAUAUAGAUCUAUUUAAAAAUAAAUAAGUAAAGUGAAUGAAAGGGAGCACAACAUGGUAAGAGGUAAUGUUUCUUAUCUUUAGAGUAUAGCUUCAUUUAUAAGAGAAUACUUGCUGCUAUCAAUUGAUGGUGGCAAGUGUCACUACAGAACAUGGACUAUCAGGAGCAAAUUGAUCACUGCUAUAAAGGCUUGAUGUGAGAGAGAGAGGUUGCAGUGCAAGUUCCUAUUUGCCUUAAAUUUCCUUCCUGUGCUUAGCUUUAUUGAAGGUAACCAGUUUUCGGAACUGCCUGUUAAUUGCAUUCAGAGCAGAACAAUAACAUUAAAUUAUUUUCAUCAAGAAAGAGUGUGUGACUCCAUGCACUUUAUAGGAAUUGCUUUGGGCACAUCACUGAUAAUGCCUAGACAUGUACUGUUUUUCAAUGCAAGACAAUAUACUCCUUGCAAGUAGUGUUGCUUGCAUCCAAAAUUUACAAAUUCACUCCUCAAAUAUAUUUACUGCUGAUCUGAUGUACAGAUGGCCAUAUGUCUACUUGAAUUAAAUCAGUAUUUAACUGAAAUACAUUAUUACCUCCUGUGUGUAGUCUCACACUUGGCUGUUUUAAAAUUGUUGAUUUUUUUUUUAUAUAUUUAUUUUCACUACUCUUGAUGAAUUGCUCAGGCUAAUAUUGACGAGGCACAUCCUUGGCUUCCCUUCCUCUGCGUUUUCUUCUGUAGCUGGAGAGAAGCCAUUGUGUUCCCCUUCGCUCCACCAUCACGGACAACUGAGCUUAUAUCCAGUGUGAAAACAAGUUGAGGCUGACACCAUGCCUGUCAAUGCAGAGAUGCAGUGGAGUGAAAGGGAGAGCAUUGGCUUCUCUCCACCAGCAGAGAAAACUUGCCUUACUGUUGCGCUGACUUAAAGGAAAGCUAAAAUCUCUUGGGGGUGGGGUGCCAAGUUAGGCACCCCCUAGUGAUUCUAGUCACUUACGCCCUACCCCUACUGUUUGCUGAGCACCACACCACAGUUUUUUUAGGACUCCCUGGAGUCCCCUGUGCCAAUUUUAUCCAAGCACAUUUUCAUACAAAAAUCUAACAAAUGUUCUGUCCAACACAUUACCCAAGGCCAGCAUGGAUGCCUGGGAGGCAGUGAGAAAAUGUUGGUAGAGCGCUCAGCGUUUUUUGGGGAAGUGCAAAUAGAAUAAUUGGGGGGGAGCACAACAACUUAGCACCCUGAGUGAUUUUAUCUUAAUUUCACUUUAAAAGGUACAAAGAUAUGAGAAUUAUUUAUUUCAUAAAUAUUUUUUUCUCUUGCUUCAAACUGCACUUUUUUAUACAUAACUAGCCCUGGGUGGAAAUCAUUCUCUUCACUUUGUACCUAUUUUUUAACAUUAUUCCUAUAUGUGAGCUUACCCACUGCCUUAUGUUACUAUAGGGUUUAAUUGCAGUGGUGGCAUUAAAUACAAUAUUUAUAUCUAGUAUAAAUAAAUCUAAAGCUGGACUUGUUAAAUAAUUACUUAACAAGUCCAAUUGCUUUAGAUUUAUUAAUACUGGAUGAAUGAAUAUCUUCAUAGUCAUAAAUACAAUAUUGCUUCCUUGCAUAAGAUGUAGGUAUUAUUCUGUUGAUUUGCAGUCUACUUGACACAUUCAUUCUGCCCUGCACUAUUUGGUAAACAUAAUUUUUUUUUAAUUUAGAUUCUUCCCUAACCACCCACCCAAAUGCCCAUUGGGCAUAUUGAAACUAAUAGCAUCUUCAAUAGAAGAAAGGGGGUGAUGUAGUCAAAGUGCCUGCUUAUGAACAUAUGCCUGCAUAGGGUAGCCAGAGCCCAGGCUGAGGCCAUGAUAAAAAUUGGGUGGUAAGACCUGAUGUGUAUUAUGGAGACACUUCUCUCUUUACUGAGACUGUGAUCCAGACUUCCUGCAACAGUCUUGUAUCUUUUGAAUGUACAAAUUAAAUCACUUGGAUAAAA